GGAAAAGGCGAUAAUGAGUAUGUCCUCCUAUUUUCUGAUGAUCCUGCUUCACUGCGUUGCAGCGUUUGAAGAAUUCGACAUUAGAGAACAAUUAAAGCGAAGAGAUUUCACUUUAGCUGAGAAAUCUCUUAUUGGGGAAACCGUUCCUGCCAGCAACGAAGCUUUUCGUAUUACAGAAGAAAAGGAAAAUAUUUUAGGGCAAAUAGUAGGAGAAUCAACAGGGGAUGUGAUAACAUCACCUUCACUUAAGAUAGCAGUCAAGGCUGAUACUGGAAAAAAGGAUGAGGAAAAUACAAUGGCGAAACUUGACAACGGAAGCAGGGGAGUUGAAUGUAAUAAAACAAAUCCACAGGAUGGUCGGAGAGAGGAGGAUGAGGAAGACACAACUGAGAAACUUCAUACUGGAAACAGGAGAGUUGUAUGUAAGAAAAAAAAUCCACAGGAUGGUCAUGGAGAAGAGGAAGGUACGACGGAGCUUGUUAAUGGAAACGGGGGACCUAUCAUACCUCCGAGUACCCCAAGGGUAAAAAGAUUUUCCAUAUGUCCCAAGCGUGAAACUCUAGGUUGUAAACAGUUGGAGAUGACGUGUCAAAAGAAAGAAGACUUAAAGUAUGCAAGUCAAACCAUUUUCUGGCAACAAGUAACCAUACGACCACCUAUUCAAUGCAAUGAAGAAUCAUGUGUGUGUGCUCCUGGCUUUAUCAGAGAUGGAGACGAAUGUGUUCAUCCAAUAGAAUGUUUCAAACCACCUACUUUCACCAAACCCCCUUCAAAAAAGGGCUGAAUAUUACAAUUGAGGAACAAUAAAAGAAAGAAAAAUGCAAAAUCUGAAUGAAAACGCUGCAUGUAAUACUUAAGCAAAUAAAAGAAACUUGAA